UACUCAGGCCAUUUCUUUCUAGCAAAAACAUUUUUUUAUAAAAAAAACAAACGGCCUUUAUGGAAAUUGAGUCGGCUUCCCUCCAUCAUCAUUCUUCCUCCACCAUUUUACCAUUCAGAAAUGACUUUUUUAUAUCUUCUAUUAAACUGAGUUAUGUUUUUACGUUGCUUCAGCUCAACAUUUAAUCUGUCCCACUCCGCACACAGAUAUACACUCUUUGUUUUUCUUUAUUCUGUUUAAGUGUAAAGAGAGAGAAACUAAUUCAGCCGUGCACACCAUGAGCCUUCAUCUCACAGGUCCAGGAAGUGAACAAACAAAUUCAGCAUUUUUUUCUUUGUUAAUCAGCCUUUCAUUCUCUCCCUUGGUACUAAUUAUUUACUGAGCUUCCAGUGGGACACGGUGAUGAUAUCAUGGAAUAAUCUUAACUAAGCACUGAAGUAAAGAGCAAUGAAGCAUUUAUUUCACCACAAUUUACAUAUUUCCAUUAGAGGUCAUUAUUAACGAGCAGCAAAGAUUUCCUCCUUAGAAAGGAGCUGAUACAGCAAACAUUUGAAAGAAUAUACUCUCUCUUUUUUACCUAUUUGCACAACUAACACUGCACAUCAUCCUGAACACAACAUCCCUAAAACACAGUGGUGGCAGCAUUAUGAUGGAUGGAGCUAAAUGCAGAGCAAGACUGUAAUUUUAAGAAUAUUUAAAAUUAGCGACCAGAGAUAAUGUAGCAGUUUAUAUUGACAUAUAUUGAAAAGGUCCAGUUAAAGUCCUUUUAACUUUAACUGGAUAAAGUUAAAGAACCUGAAUACAACGGAGAAACUGUGGCCAGACUUCAUAAUAGAUGUUGACAACCUUUCCAUUUAAUUCAUUAGUGACACAAAUAAUCCAACAAUAAUCCAAUAUUGUUCCCAAUGUACACUUUACUGCAAAAACACAUUUAUAUUAUGCACCAGUUAAUAUAAAUGACCAUUUUAUGUGAAGCCUCAUGUGGCGCAAGAAUUAAAUAAAUGAAGAAACAAAUAUUAAUUCAAAAAAAUUGUCAGCUAAUAGAUUAAUUAACUGGAGUACAUACAGACUGAAAAAAGGCAGUUUGAUAAAAAAAAAUCUGCAUAUUCAGCAGCCAUUAAGCCAAAACUGUUCUAUAUGUGUGUAUCUGUAUGAAAAUAUUUACAUAUAUAUACAUUUAAAAUACAUAUAACACUUUGUUUCUAGCUCCAAACUCUUUAAGUGGAAAGAUUUUAGCUUCCCUUGUUCAAAUUCAUUAAAUUCAUUCAUUUGAAAUAAAUGGUUUAAAGUAAAAUAACUUUUCAAUUCAAUAAAAAGUUAUUGAAUUAUUUGUUCAUUUGUAUCUUUUUAAUUAUUUCUACUACUGAAUUAAACAAGCAUAAGUGACUAAACAAAAAAAUCUGUAUAACGUGGCCAUUUUUAUCCUGUUAAUGUCAGAAAAAUCGAUUUCUAAAAUAAUCGUUAGUUGCAGCCCUUACUUAAUUUAUCUCUCUCAGAUAUGUAUUAAAUGUGUAAGAUGAUAAAAAAAAAUACAUUUAUUUUAUUGUUAUUAAAGAAAACAUUCAUAAAGUCACAGCUUGUAUUUGUUCAGGAGAGCAACAGCUUUUCCUCCAGCUGCGUUUUCAGGAAUCUGAUCCACACCUGGAGCGCUGAGUGGGACGAUGACUCAUCGUCCAACUGCCGACGAUGACUCCAAAUAUUUCACGCACGCACCCACGCUCUCCAGCACGCAGCUUGCGUGGAGCGCUCCUUCACGUGCACUCUCUCAAACGGGCAUCAAAGCCAUUUACGUCAAGCCAGACAGGAAGGAGAAAGCGGCUCCUCUGUCCUGCAGAAACACAUGAGAGGGAAAAGAAGAAGAAGAAGAGCUGAUCUCUAUGGCAGACCUCGGCUCGGAUGGUUGUGCCAUCGCCCAUCCGGCGGUCAACUGUGAGCGAAAAUAAUUCAACCGGAGGACGAGAGAUGACGAGCCACCGCCGAGCAUCGCUGCUCGCCCUGUCGGCGCUCCUGGUCUUCACAUUAAUACACCAAACAUCCUCAUCCUCAUCCUCAUCCUCAGCAGCAGCAGCAGCAUCCGAGGGGAGAGGCAGGAAUAACAACCGGAGUCAUGACAGCAGGCCAUCAUUUCAGAUUAAAGACAGCAGCAGUAAUUUCUCCGUCAGCGCGCUGAGACCGAAACCAGAUGAGGAGGCGUCACCGAUCUGUGCCUACAGGGUGAUAGAGGGGGGCAUCUGGGGGCAGCUGUGUUUUCGACGCACGCUGUUCGGGUACAGGUGCAACAAGGAGGACUGCAGGACGCAGGUGACUUUGGGGAACCUGGUGGCGAACCUGCUCGCCAAUGGCAGCGUCCUGUUGCAGUGGAGCCACAAUGGAGACAAUAAGACGAGACAGAGCCCUGCCGAGCAGCCCGCUGGUUCUGGGUCACAUGUAACGUCUGGGCCGCGGUCGAUGUUCGGUGAGCGGCGCCACCAGCGCGGCGGGUUCGAGCUGAGCUGCUGGUGGAACGGCAGCUACACCCAGUUCGAGUGCGCCGGCGUGCAGCUGGCGGCGGGCUGCAGGGACUUCAUGAUGUCCGAGCUGCAUGAGAACAUCCCGUACCGAGUCUGCCUGCGGGCCCCGGCCCGGUCCGGCCCGCGUCGGAGAGCGGAGCAGCGGGACUGCGUGGAGUUCACGCUGCCGCCGUCAGGGAUGCAGGACAUUGUGAUCGCCAUGACGGCGGUAGGGGGCGCUAUCUGUGUGAUGCUGGUGAUCAUCUGUCUGCUGGUGGCCUACAUUACAGAAAACAUCAUGAGCCCCACUACACAGCACACCUACUCCUACCGCACUCACUCACGCCACUGACGGACUAAAUAAGCUAAAUAUCUACAUAAACACGUCCCACAGUCAUCGUUACAAGGUAGUUAUUGUUCAGUGAACAGCACAGGUGCUUCUUGAUAAAUUAGAAAGGCAAUUUAAUUUGGAAAAAAGAGAAACUAUUGUUGGUGAUAAUGGCCUACAGCUAAUAAAACCCAAAUGAUGUCCUGGAAAAUAGGGAUAAGCCGCAAAAAGUAAUUGCUAAAAAAAGCAUGCUGAUCACAGAAUACUGUCCAAGAAUAUUAAUAGAAAGUUUCAUCGGGGAAGAUUCACAAUCAACAACAACAACAACUUCAGCCUUGAAAAGAUGGUGAAGCUCACCAGUUUAAGAGUUUGGGUCAGAUUCAUAAGAGAAACCACACAAAGACAAAUCCAGGACUGAAACAGAGACAUCAGACUAGACUGUUUAUUAGUUUUUCCUUCUUUUUUAAAGUAAUACCUGGAGGCAGAGCGGGGAAACUCCUAAUUAAAGCUGUUUUGAAUCCAGUGUGAAGUUUCCACAGCAUAGCCAUGCCAAGAAAUGUCAGAGUACUUUAUGCUUCUUUAUGCUAACAAGUUUCAUGCUGAUGUCGAUUUCACUUUCAGGACUUUUCACCUCCCCACUCUGCCAAAAACUGGUUAAAUUAUCAUGGUCUUACUGGGCUUGACUUUUCAGCAAAUGCAUCUGACUUGAACGUCACUGAGAAUCGUGGAGAAAUGUCAAUAGGACGAUGGGAGAAAAUAAUUUAAAAAUCCCCUUAUUUUGGCUUUCUGUAAAAUCAAAGUUUUCUCAUUUAAAUUUGAGUUUUCAUUUGCUGUGAGUUUUGUCAAAGUAAACAAAACUAACCACUUAUGACACAACAAUGUAUGAGUAAUAAAUCUGUAAAUGACUUUGAUUUAUUGAAAUAUCUAAAUAUCAAUAAGAAUCUAAUGUAUUAAGAUGCACCUCAUCAUUUUACGACCAAAUUGAAGCACAAUUUGCUGUGGCUCUGCAAAUAACACGCCUUUUAAACCUCUGCCAUGGUGCACUGAACCAAAAUUACUGAUAAACUGUGUUUAGUACGCUAGUUUACUGUGUCGUUUUGUUGCUCCAGAUUGUCUCUGGUGUGCCAUCAGGCCGCGUUUCUACAGCAAUACAAACAGCCUCAAUCAAUGGCUUAGGGUACAUAAAUCUGAGCGUGUGUCUAUGUUGGGAAUUAAAUAAAUAUAACCUAUCUAAGUUUGAUUUAUUCAGGUUUUUGCUUGUAGGUUUGCAUACAGUGUUUGUACAAUCUGUGAACGGCAAUAGAAAACAGUGUGCAAUCUCUGAAUACUGUGCCAAACGUCUUUUAGCUAGAAUCCCUUUUUUGUCCCGCUGACUGCAAAUAAAAAAACUAUGGGGCACCUUUUAAUAUCA